ACCCUCUGUGUCAGUCCUGAGGGCACCCUGGUCUCCUCCAUCUGAGUGCACAGCCAUGACCCCCACCCUUGCAGUCCUGCUCUGCCUAGGGCUGAAUCUGAACCCCAGGACUUUCGGGCAGGCAGGAACCCUCCCCAAACCCAUCAUCUGGGCUGAACCAGACUCUGUGAUAACCCGGAGAAGCCCUGUGACCAUCUGGUGUCAGGGAACACUGGAUGCCCUGGAAUACCGACUGAAUACACAGGGAAGCUUCUGGGACAGUCAGAAACCACUGGAGCCUGGGAACAAGGCCAAGUUCAACAUCCAAUAUAUGACAGAGCACUAUGCAAUGGGAUAUUACUGUUACUAUUACAGCCCUGCUGGAUGGUCAGACCCUAGUGACAAGCUGGAGCUGGUAGUGACAGGACUCUACAGCAAACCUACUCUCUCAGCCCUGCCGAGCCCUGUGGUGACCUCAGGGGGGAACGUGACCCUCCAGUGUGGGUCACAGGUGGUAUUCGGCGGCUUUACUUUAAUCAACGAAGGAGAACCAAAGUUCUCCUGGACCCUGGACUCACAGCUUCCCUCCAAUGGGCAGUCCCAGGCCCUGUUCCCUGUGGGUCCUGUGACCCCUGGGCACAGGUGGAUAUUCAGAUGCUAUGGAUAUUACAGGAACAACCCCCAGGUGGGGUCGGAACUCAGUGACCCCCUGGAGCUCGUGGUCUCAGGAUCCUCUGCACAGCCUAGCUCCUCACCCACAGAGCCAACCUCAACAGCUAUCAUUCACACCCAAGGUCUGGGCAGCUUCCUGGAGGUUCUGAUUGGGGUGUCAGUGGCCUUCAUCCUGCUGCUCUUCCUUGCCCUCUUUCUCCUCCGACACUGGCAUCAGGGCAAACACAAAUUGUUGGCCCAGAGAGAGGCUGAUUGUCCAUGUCCUGUGAGUACUGUGGAACCAGAGUCCAAGGGUAGAGACCUGCAGCAGAGGUCCAGUCCAUCUGCUGACCUCCAGGAAGAAAAUCUCUCAGAUGCUGCUGUGAAGGACACUCAGCCUGGGGACAGGGUGGAGUUGGACAGUCAGGCUGCUGCAUGUGAUGACCUCCAGGAUGUGACCUAUGCCCAGGUGCGCAGGUUGACCCUCAGACAGGAGACACCUGAACCUCCUUUGUCCCAAGAAGGAGACGCUCCUGCGAAGCCCACUGUGUACGCUGCUCUGGCCAUCCACUAGCCCAGGAGGGAUCCAGACCCCACACUGCAUGGAGGAAGACUCAGGGACUGGGAAGGCCCAGGACUGUCCCAGUGGACAGAAACUAGUGAGCCCCAGCCUGGACCUCUAACAAAGACCACCAGGAGGUUGAGGGAUGUUUUGGUAGUCGGCUGAUUCUGCAUCAAAGAUAAAUAAUAUCCACAUGUAUAUUUUGCAAAUAAAAACUUCUCCAUAAUCAAUGCAUUAAAUGAGAAAUCAAAAUAGAUGUAAAUGUUUUAACUGAUAAUAUAAAUACUGCACGUUAAAAUAGGAAAUUGGAAAGCUGAGAGCCAUGAGUGAAUAAAUUACAGAAGAAAAAAAUCUAAAAAAUUAAUGACCUUGAAUAGCAUAUCAAGAAUUUAGAAAAAGGCUGGGCACGGUAGGCUCAUGCCUAUAAUCCUCCUCUGGGAGGCUGAGAUGGAUGGAUUACCCUGAGCUCACAGGUUUGAGACCAGCCUGAGCAAGAGUGAGAUCCCAUCUCUAAAAAUAGCCAGGCAUUGUGGCAGGUGCCUGUUGUCCCAGCUACUUGGGAGGCUGAGGCAAAAGAAUCACUUGAGCCCAAGAGUUGGAGGUUGCUGUAAGCUAUGAUGCCACAGCACUCUACAGAGGGUGACAAAGUGAGACUCUGUCUGAAAAAAAAAAGAAGAAUUUAGAAAAAGAAUAACAAAUUACUCCAAAAGAAGAUAUAAAGAACUACUAAUGAGGACAAAUUAAAAAUUGAGGAUCCAGUCUGUAGCUGAUGUCAGUAAUCCCAGCUAUUCAAAAGGCUGACACAGGAGGAUCCUUGAGCCUGGUAGUUUGAGACCAGCCUGUGAUAUAUGCUAAGGACUCAAAUCAAUAUAAAAACAAUUUUAAUGAAAAACAAUAAAGUUAAAGAAGUUUAUUCUUUUAAACAUUAGUCACAUUGAUAAAUCCUAGCCAUAGUGAGCAAGAAAAAGAGAGCAGACACCCAUUUCUAUAUGGAAA